AUGUCCGUGGGCGGCUGCGCGUGUCCCGGUGAGUAGCUGCUGUGGUGAUGGUUGCCGUUAACGACAGCCGUGCUCCUGCGGCUGCUGUUGCUGCUGUUGUCAGCCUCUGACUUUUUUUCUGCUCAUUGUUGUUGUUUUAUUUUGGUGAGUCGGUGAGAGCGGCGGCCGAGUCGUGGCGUGACUCGGGCAAAGAGAGAGGCAAAGGGAGAGAGGUGCCACGGGGCCCUGGGGCUCUGUUUGCAAAGGCUCAUGGGAGGUCGCCCUCUGUGAUGGCAGCGAGGAUGAAGGGGAAAAAGAACGUACUAGAAUAGAUGGAUCAACAUGUACUCUGUCGCUUUUACUUUUCACUCUUUAGCUGACAACUGCUUAACGUUUAGAGAUGAAGUGGGAAAAGGAUCUUUGUCGGCUGUGCAGACAUCUGGGCAUGAAGUUGUUGCCAUGGCACCACUAAUGCUACUUCCACCAUCACUUUGUUUUCUUGUCGCUUCAACGGCUGCUGAUUUCUGACUGACAGGCAGGUUUAAAAUGUAACAGAUAUAUAACUCUCACAGAGCCAUAGUCAAACCUCUGGAAGAAAAAGACCCGCAGAAGUCGCAGAAAACGAUGGAGGAAGGCGGAUCAGAGUUUGACAUUUAAAGGGCAAAGGUCACAGCUCAGAUCAGAGGCUCACAGGAGGGAUUCUGCACCUCUUACAGCGCAAAAGUUAUUAAUGACGGUUUGAUAUUUCGAGACUAAAUGGAUGUUUCUGAUACUUCCCAUUCAGAUGAAGGUUCAUCAUUUAUUUGGAAAACUUUAGAGUUAGUCUCCCUGUAGAUCUAACUCCUUGUCUCGUUGUUUUUCAGAGGUUUUGUUAGAGAGUUUUCACCCUUUUCCUCUACGCAGACAUCCUCUCUUAUGGAGUUUAUAGAAGAGGUCAGUGAGUGCAUCAGGAUACCAACUUUUCCUCACUUUCUUUUACUUUCCACACUUUCAUCCGCCUGUCUUCUCCAGAUUCUCCUCUUAAAAUUUUGUGACUGUUUACAAAGAUGGGCAACAUGACACCUCCCCAAAAGUGAGGCCAAACCUUUUAAAGCUCCUCUCUGCAGAGUGGUUACAGUACAGGUCACAACAAGCCCCGCCUCCUCCAUGAUAACAAGUGGGACAUCAAUCUGACUAUAAAAGUGAAAUACACUCAAAUAGAGGAUUAAAGCUCGUUCUGGUUCAGGCCAAUUUACGUAAAAAGAUUCAUUUUUAUUAGUGUUGGCCAAUUUGACGAAAUGACAGCACAGAGGGGUCCUCUUGUCCACUUUUAGAGAUCAAAUUGGUUCAAGUUAAGCAACAGCCUCGGGGUUUCUGGGUUAUAAGCAACAGAGAGCCACCUUGAGGGAGUAAUAUCUGUCACAUUAGACCACCAUAUAAGUGGUGUAUGACUUUUUCAUGGCCUGUUAUGACUGUAGGACUCCCCACAGUCCCCAAACUGUUGCUCCUGAAAGUAAACAGAUAACUCUUCUCAUUUUAUUGGCUUUGAUCAGACAGAAAAAGAAAAGAAAAGUGGAAAUCAAGUUUUAGAAAUAAAACCCCUGAGUCCCAGGAAAUGUAUUAAGUGUUAAAAGGAUUUAUGUUGCACUCCUGCUGGCUUGUGUAAAACAUGAAAUAUAAUCCUGUAAAAGAAAAUGUAUUCAUAAGCAUGAAAGAUGAACUCAGAGUCUUCUGUUAUCCAAUAUAGAGCCGCAGGAGAGGAGGAAGUGAGUGGUGCUGUAUCACCCUGACGUGGCCUCCUCUCCUCUCUCCACAGUGACCGCUGUGGUCAACCCUCACACAGCCGGAGAUGUGGAUAGAGAAAUGUAGCCGACCACGCAUCCAGGAUCACAUUUCCCUGGUGCCAGUCUGGACUUUAAUCAUUAGAAAAGAUGGAAACACUAAAUGGUCUCAUGUUUGUGGUUUGGAAACUCUUUAGCUGACAGAUUUUUUAAAAGGCGGAAAGUUUUAGAGAAGCCAAAUCAUGAGAGAAAGCCAACUCAUCCUGGCCUGAACAGUUGUAUUUCAAGGGUGGAUGAAUGGGUGAAAAAAAAUGACACAUGACUGAAGCAGAAGGAUCUAGAAAUGUGGGAAAGAGAGAGAAAGAGAGAGAGAAAUAUUGGCAUUGUGAUCAAACCAGACGGAUUCGGUAUCAGCAAGGACAAACCCUCCAGACACAACAGAUGACAAUUUGUCUUGGACACACAAAGGCACAGGGAAAACGUGGUGUACCAAUGUUAAAUUUGACUGCCUGCACACAAGAGUUUCCUCUGAGUGUGUGUGUGUCUGUGCACGUGUGUUUUCAAUCUCUGCGCAGCGCCCCGUGCUAUGAAGGCAAACGCUGCCACCUCAGCCGUUAAACAAGCCUGCACAGCAGAGGCGGGAGCGUUUGUUUAGAACCGGGCCGGCGCUAUCUUGCGGUCAGAUUGCAUACUUAAUCAACGUGGUCAUGGAAAUUUCCAAAAAGACGCAUGACCGCGUUGGUGUGCGCUCCACUUUUUCUCUCAUAUUGUUCGCUCUGGUGUUCCUCCUCUCUUUCUUUUAACUAAAACCUUCUUUUUCAGUUUUUUUCUUCAUCGGUUGAGAAAUAAAAGUAGAAAGUCUCCAUCAAGUAUAACUUUAAUAAUACAACAUCGGUCAUGUUUAAACUUUCCCCUGCCGUUCAUUUAUGUUUAACAUGCAAACCUGUAGGUCUGUGACGAACUACACUUACACCCAUGCUGUGUAAUAUGACACAACUGAAAAGCAAUGUAAACAAUGCCUCCAAUUAUGGGCCAAUCAUUUCCAUUCACUCCGGCUGACUUCAAAUGACCCCAAAACUUGACCUUAGAGAGCUGCUGGUUAUUCUGAACACUUAUGCAAACAUAUCCUGCUCCAUUCCAACUGUGACACACACUCACAGAGGGUCAAGAGAUGUUGUUCGGACUAAAUACAUUAUACAGUGGAAAAUCUGAAACUACAAAGUCUCUGUGAAGUCAGUCGCCGUCUCUUUCUCUCGUUCUCGCUUGUUUACAUUCCUGAGCCGUGUUCAACACAGAGGGAUCCUCCCCCGACUUGGGUGGCCUCAAAGUUUGUGCAUUGAGCAUAUUGUGUGUGUACAUAUGUGUGUGUGUGUGGACGCACGCGGCAUGUGCCUCAACAUGUGGAUGACAUAAACAGUGGAGUAGAGUGUGGGGAUGUGCCGUACAACCACCUAAAGAGGACAGAGUACAGUCUGCAGCCGCACAUGUUUUUGUUUUUAGUGAAUCUGAUUUUGACCCCAAUUUCUCCCUCGCCUCACCUGCUGCUUCUUCUUCUCCACCUUUAUCCCGUCUCCCCCUUUGCACAAUGUUUCGAUACACACUGUGUAUAUACCCUCAUCCUUUUCUCCCCUCUCCCUCCGCCCUUCACUCCCUGUUUCUCUUUGACUUCCCUGAUUGCUAGCGUAUGUUGGCUGGCUGGCUGGCUGGAUGAGAAGAGGGGAGGUGGGGUGGGUGAAGUAAGGAGGGAUGAGAGGGAGAAGGGAAGAGAGAUGGAGAGAGACAGAGAGGGAUGAAGAGAGAGAGUGAGAGAGAGAGAGGGAAGAGGAGAGGAGAGAGGAGAGGAGGGGGAAGGGACUGUGCCCUCUCAUGCAGAGAGUCACAUGGUGUCCCUGAUUGGAGGAAAAUGAGUAAAGACUGCAGCCCGGCUGAAAUGGCAACAGACAAAAAGGCACAAAGGCUGAGCUGUUUGGAAGCGGGUUGCACAACAAGAGAGGCUGAAGAGGAGGAGGAGGAGGAGGAGGAGGAGGAAGGGGGUGUGAUGGAAAGGAAGAGAGAGAUGUGGAUUAAGAGAGAGAGGAGAAGCAGGGAGGGUGGCAAGAAGAAAAGAGAAAACAAGAGAGGUGACGGAGGAGGGGGGGGGGGGGGGCAGAGAGCAGAGGAGCCAAGAAAAGAGAGCGAGAGGGAGAUGAGCAAUGUAGGAGCACAGGAGGAGUGGGUGGGUGGGAGACAGGGAGGGAGGAAAGGGUGAGACAAAGUGGGAAAGAGUGAGAGAGAGAUCAGACUGUGUUUCUAUGUUUUCUGCAAGGCUGAGCGGUGACGUGAUUGGCUGAGGGGGGGCAGGGGGUGAGGGUGUGUGAGUGUGUGUAUGUGUGUAUGGGGGGGUGGGGGGGGCAGACCUGACUCUGAGAUCAGAGACAGACAAAAUGGCUCCCAGAGAACAGAGAACGCAGCAUCAGGGCACUGUCAUCUCCCCUCACACAGCUGUCAGCUGACACCAGCCGCCACUGCCACACACACAUCUGACACACUCACACCCACACACUCAUACACACACACUCUCUUAAAGGCUAAGCCACCUGCAAAAUGCCAACACGAGAGAGGAAAAAACUAAGGAUGAUGUGUCAUAUCACUGAUCAUUGAUCUGCUCUAGUAUUUACAUUUGGUUAUGUAUAAAACUCACAUAAGGAAUAGUGAUGAAAAUGGCUGGAAGCAGACUCUUUUUCUGGAUUUAAUCCCGUCACCCAUUGGCCUGGAUGAACAUGUGACGCGCUGCUGCUGAGGUUCCCUUGUUGCAGGGUGUCUGUGUUUGCCUGCCAGAGAAAAUCCUGAGCAGGGAAUUCACCCAGUGAGCGAGAAAAUACUGUUGGACAGCAUGAAAACAAACACAGCGACUCACUGCAGCCACAAGAGGGCGCUGCUAUCAAAGAAGCAAGCUCUGAUUGUAGGUCAGCUCUAAUUUCGCCCCCUGUAAUGAUGUGUCGUGGCGUCCUGAAUAUAAAUAUGGAGAAUGAUCGCUCUGUGAGGAAGAACAACAGCAUCAUUUGCAUACAGUUUGACUUACAGAGUACAUUUGCAUAACUGUUUUGAUUAUUGUUUCUUUUUAUGGUAAGUUGCUGUGAUUUCAACUGUGACUUCAUCAGUUACACUUUCCUGUCAGACAGAUGAGCAGUGAUACAUGAAGACAUUAUGAUCUCUGUCUUAAAGGGAUAUUCCAGCAGAAAUUUAACUUUCUGGUCAAACAACGCAACAUUGAGUUAGACACCCCCUCGAGAGAUGAAUGUUGCGCCCGCUUGCUUCUCUAGUUAUACCAACUUUAGUAACAACAAUACACAGCGGUCUACGUCUCCACGCUGAAACCUCAACCAAAAAGCCACUCUAUAGCCACAAAUAAUGCUCAGAACAGCACCUAACUUCAUCAACAGAACAUGUAGGGUCCCAGCCAUAGUACUAGCCAUCAAACAUCUUUUUAGCUUUGCCUGAUUUCUUUAGAGAAGAGACCAAACACAACUCACCCACUCUCUUCCAGCAGCCGCUUGUUUGUGGGGGAGCCCUGACGAGUCGAUCACCGUGCAGUGGAGUUUCGCAGCUCACGGAAGAAAAUGUGUGAUUAUUACUUCAUGGAAAUGCAAUCAGACUGAGACGCUAAGACAGAAGAACUACCGUGUCUACAUCGCAAAAUGAUUAUUAUGAUGAUUAUUACUUUAUGGAAAUGUUCUUCCUUGAGCUGCAGAACUUCACUGCACUCGAUGAUCGACUCGCUAUAAAGAUGUUUGAUGGCUAGUACUAUGGCUGGGACCAUAUAUGUACUGUUGAUGAAGUUAGGUGCUGUUCUGAGCAUCAUUUGUGGCGUUUUGGUUGAGGUUGUGUUUUGCUAUCGUGCGGUUGUUACUAAGUUGGAAUAACUAGAGAAGCGAGCAGUCGGCAACAUUCAUCUCUUGAGGGGGUUUCUAACUCAGUGUUACGGUGUUUGACCAGAAAGUUAAAUUUACAACGGAGUAUCCCAUUAAGUCAGAGUGAAACUAAAAAACAAUCAAAAUAACUCAGAAGAAGAAGUUUUGCAGCUGCGGCACAUAUAUCAAUCUCACAGUACUUAUUUGGAUUGUUGACAAAGUGUGCUAAAGGAAAACAUACUUUAUAUUUGUAAGGUUAUUUUAUUACAAUCGUGCAUUUUCUGCUCACAUAUGUUCACGGAUACAUUUAUCUUAUGGAAAUUCUAGGAAAAUUAAAAUGAUUAAACACACAUCAAACUAGGUGCCCCUCCCACUAACCCCACAAUGCAAUCAUCUAAUAUGCAAUAAAGCUGACAUCUCGACUAUGACUUAUUGGGUUUCUUUGAAUUUAAUGACUUUAUGAUUGAGUCAUUACACAACAGGUCAAACAAUCCCAGAGCACCAUGUUUACUGUUCUUAUCGAAGCUUGCAGGCAUGGACAUUGAAUCUGAGUGGUUCAACCAGCUGAUUGUCCUCGUGUAACAGUGAUGGAAAAGGUUUCUGUGAUGUGGGCGGAGUCAGAGUUGUGGAAAUUUAAGUGUAACAGAAUUGUGUAUAUCACUUUCUUGGGUUGAUUUGAGGAGUCUUGCCCAAGAGAAGAUGGAUAUGCUGUGAUAAUAUUGAACUGCAGGCUGUUUUUAUUUUUGAAAGCAGUUUUUUUUGUGUUCAUAGUUUAGGAAGAGAUAUUUGAGGGACUGUAUCUUUUGGAGGAAAUUAAGGGGUUGGACAUCACCAUGAUGUUUUCCUGUAUUUUCCUGUUAAAAUGGAUCAUCCAUUUUUUUGGUCUACAUUUUGUUUGUGUGAAAAGUGCUAUCCAAAUAAGGUUUGACCGAUUGAUUAAUUGACUGAAUGAUUGAAUGACACUUUGGCUAUAGCAGGAGAAUUAAUGCACUGUUAAAGAACAACGAAUACACAGUUAUCCCAUAGACUUACAUUAAAAGAUGGAGAUUUUUUUACCCACAGUGUUUGGUUGUUUUGCAUAGUGACAUCUUUAUAUGCAGUGGGAUUAGGGCCGGGCGAUAAACUGAAAAUUUACCAACACCAAAAUUUAUGACAAUGACUGACGUCAUUUUGCCCGUGUAAAUAUAUUCAGUGUCAGAAAAAUAAAGAAAAGUUGGUUUUGGAUGUGUGUACGUAGGCUAUGGUCUCAUGUCCCUUUUAAGACGCUGUCCUACGUCGACGAGACGUGACUCCGCCCCAUCCAGUCUGUAACAAAGAGGGAAAGACAGGUGAGGAGAUGGAAGACGAUUCAAAGUUGUAGUGGCUGAAGUAGACAAAGUUAAUGUGGGAGGGGGUGAGCAGCUUGUGGAGUAGUAAUCGUCUAUUUUUCGUUGAGUUGAACUGCUCAAUAUAUUGUGAUAUUGAUUUGAGGCUAUAUCGCCCAGCCAUAAGUGGGAUCCAACAUUACAAAAAAGAACCAGACAGGUAAGGACAGAGUAGAAUAGAUCACGGAGAAUCGAAUUGAAAAGGACAGGAAAGAGCAUAAGGGGAAGUAGAAUAGAGUAGAAUAGAGUAGGACAGGUAAGAAAAGAACACCAGAAAAGGAAUGGGUGGAAUAGAAUAAAAUGGCAUUUUGUAGUUUUAAGUCAGCCCUGUCUCCGUGUGUGAUUAUAACUCAUUGUUCUUCUAGUAUCACCUCUUGAAUUUGAAUUUGAAUUUGCAUUUACAACUGAAAUUUGACUCGUUCAGGGAGACACAAAACAAAAGAGUCGAGACUGAGCCAAUGGUAAUCCACACCAUGAGCUGGUAGUCCAGCAUCCUUUGCCAUGGCCAGUAGUAUGCUGUUAUAGUGCCAGGUGGUGCCAGGUGCCAAUGGUUUGAAUGGCGUGCCAGUCCACUCAUCGAGCUGCUUGGAAGUAAGAGAGCUCUAUCUGACCGUCACACCAGUACAACACAGGAUCCAUUCUCAUGCUGCACAUAAUAACUAACACCAAUCAUCUUUAUUUACAUUUAUUGCCAUGGAUGUGUGUGAUUUUUCUAAACCGUAAAAGUAUGGAUGUUUGGUACCUCCAUGCCAACAAACAUCAUAACAAUGAUAAGUUGUAUCCUCCACAGUGAGCUGCUAAUGUCAGGGUAGAGUAACUGAUAGCAGAAGGAUAUCCAUACAUUCAACCCAACAUCGAUGACAGUCAAUGUCGAAUAUGCUGGGAAAAAAAAACGGCUUGUGCUUUAUUGAGAGCAACAGGUUAACAAGCCAAAGCAGUUACUCAGGCUGGGUUCCUGUCGUGUUAUGUGGGAUCAGCAGUAAAUACUGUAAAGCAUGAACAUCAAUAUUGAUUUUCAAAUGCAUCAAGGGGGUUGUCCUGAGGGGGGAAUGCAGGUGUGACACUCUGUUAGUGGUCUUACACUUUCAAGGCACAUGGCCUGGCAUACCAGUGAGGGAAACCUGGAUUUCACUUUGUGAGGAAGCAGUACCUGAUUUACGGCAUACGAAGGGACUCACUUCUCUUGUUUUCUUUGUUUUAAGGUGACUCCUUUUUUGAGAUGAGAAAUUUAAACUGCAUGUAAAAUUUAGUUAUAUCUGUCAUUCAUAAACCAAUUGAUUUUUGGUAUGUAUAGCUGUAAGUCUGAUAUAUAUGUUAAUAUUCAAUGUACAGUAUAUAAUAGAUGUGAUUUAAAAAUUGAAAAAUAAGAAUACAGCUCAAAAUGGAUGUAAAGUUCAACCUUUACGACAGACAUGCGUAUUUCCAAUGCUUGCUUGCUUGCAGACUUUUUGAUCUAAAGCUUGCCAAUGCUCUCUGUAAGCAUCCACUCCUCCAUAAAAGUGGCAGCCUGUCUUUUGGAUCUGUUAUCAGGCCUGAUUCAGAUACACAGAUCUCUGUCCUCCGUCUGAGCCAAUCAGAGAGCAGAGCUGCCAAAUGUAACAAAUCUGGCAGGCAGCGACUACUGAAAACAGCUCCAGAGACAUCUCACUUCCAUAUAAAGGAAAAAGACUAUCCCUGCUUCUGAUGUGUUAACAGUUUUUCUGACUUUUUACUAGUGAAAGGUAAAACACCAUGAAAGUGUAACUUUGGUGUUACACGCAGGGAAAGAAAUGUGAUGAAUGCAGUGUGAGAAAACAGGAGUGGUUUUAUUUUUAUUCCUGUUGGGAGUAAAAAGGAAAAAAACAUCAACUAUUAACUGAUGUGGCACCAAUUCAAGUUCAGCUCUCAUAUUUACUCCAGGGUCAGUUUAGUCAGGGUGGUCUCUCCACUCUCGCUGGCACAAGGCUGUCCUCAGAUCAGCGUUAAAGCUGUUAAAAGGAGGCCGACUGGGACGCCUGUUAUCAGAGCUGUGGCAGAUGUGUGUGCCGUCAGUUUCCUGUUGACUAGAGAGUGGAAGUGGCACACAGCACACAUUUGCACAUACACACAUACAUGUGCACGAGAGCACACGCACACGCUGACACUUAGAUUGACAGGCACGCACAUACGCACACAUCCCUUUUCCCCCUUCUCAUGCCCCUGAGCCUGAGAGUCUGGACAUGAGAGAUAUCAGAGGGUGGGAGAGGCAUGAAAACAGAGUAAGUCUCAGAGUUAGAUCAGCGUGUGGCUGUGAAAGUGUGUUUGUGGGUGACAAAAUGGCGAUGUCAGAACAGCAAGAAACUCAGGGAGGUAAGUCUCUCUUUUGUGUGUUUCUGCAGAAAACCAUGAGGUCAAAUAAAUGAGAGCUGCCGUAGAAGAUGUUCUUCUCACUAUGCUAUUUGUUAGUGGUUUUAGUCAGAAGUAUUGUGACUUUGAUAAAGGUGAAUUAAAGAAGUUGCACUUGUAGGUUUAAGCUUAGUGGAAACAUCACACCAUGCACUUUGGGGAGUUUAUUCAGUCACUGCAGGCUGCAGCUCUAAUCACUUAUUGUACAUGGAUUUGUGCUGUUAGGUGUGAACGUAUGACUGCAAGUUGGAGAAUAAGGCGAAUGCUAAAGGGGUGUGUGUGUGUUUACUGCUUCAGUGUGUGUGUGUGUGUGUGUGUGUGUGUGUGUGUGUGUUUGUGCACGCACGCUCUCUCUGGUUGGGGUGCUCGUUGGAGAUAAGGCCUGCUGUAUGCCUGAGAGCGAAAGAGACGGUGUGUGUAAGCCCUUCAAGCCUUAUCCUGACACACCUCCCACCCCCACCUCCUCUCCAUCACCCCUCACACACACACACACACACACACACACAGAGUUAUGCAGCAGGGAUUAACCCCGUCAUGUACCAUUUCAAUGGGUGAGUUUUGGAGACACACACACACAGACACACUCACACACACACACAUAGGAUUAACCCUUCUGUGUCCAUUUCCAUGGAUGAUUCUUAGCCAUGCUCUGGUUGUGACAGCAUUGACUUGCUUGUGUUGCCAUGGCUACAGGGGCCAGCAAAUGUAAGAUAGGCAAAUCCACAUAAGUCACCCACAGCAGACACUCUAAGCCACAACUGCCUCCACCUCCCCCUGGUACUAAACACACAAAGAUGCUGCCAGCAGAGUGACAGGAGGCUCGUGAGCUGUGAAGUGCUCAUGUCACAAGCUUAGCAUAAGCAGACCAACAUCCAGAAACUCAGCCCCAGCAUCUUUAUGCAGGUCGUGUGAGAGACGGCCCUCAGAGCAGAUUAUGCUCUCAAUGUGUCUGAGACACACCGCACAUAACCAAACACUGCAGUCUACAGGGAGGUCUGUGCUUGAGUUGUCAUCUUCAUUAUGAAAAUGAGUGGGGGUCAGAUGUUGAAUUCCCAGAAUGCAUAUCAAAUCACUCUGUAUAUUUCAGAAUACAGCGACACGAGCUGUGGCAGGAAAUUAGGCAGACAUAAGAAAUAAAAAUACAUUGAGAGAUUUUGAAACUGGGCCUCACUGUCCCAAAAAUAUCAGAAAUCCUUUAAAUGAGGUCGAUUAUUAUAAUAGGCUGAUAGAAAACAAAGAAAGGGAUGUCUUUUGACGUAAUUGGGGUGAAAAGGGUGUUUCAUUGAUAAACCGGAUAAUGACGUGUUUUAUUUCACAUCAGUGGUUCUUCUCAUCAUACAUACAAAUAAGGUUAAAAAAGUUCCAUUGGGAUGUAUUGUUAUUAUUUCAUUAUUAUUUUUUUUAUUUGAUGCUAUGAUAAAAUUGCAUAUAGAAAACAUUACAUAGCAUUAUCAGAAUAUUUCUAUAAUGAAGAUUUUCCUUGGCAUGAGUUUUAUACCCCGUAAAUGUUUUUUUUUCUUUUACAGUAAACUAGAUAUAAAUGUAAAUGUAUAAUAAUAAAAACGUCACUGCAAUAGACCUGGAGAGAAGCUACUUUUAUGAAUUAAAACACUUUUAUUUAUAACAUGUUUUUUUAAAGUUAUCAUAUGCCAAGGUUUCCCACACCUUCAUAUUUCUGAAGCACAAUAAGACUCACAUUUACUCAUGUGUACACUGUUUAUCUUUCUAAAUCACAUAUUUUAAAAUGCGUCUCUCACAGAUGAGUUUACCGACGCUUUAAUCAUUUAACUGUAUCAUUAUAAUAUUACCUAUAAAUGCCAGUGCUCAGAUUUACACCAACCCCAGAUGGAGCCUGUCAAGUGUUUCCAAUCAGCAUCUCCCAGGAGCAGCUACAUUUGCAGAUAAAACAUUUAUGAAACAUUGUGUUUUCACUGUGUACAUGAGUAAUGAAUAAAUCAGAGCUGUAUUUACGCUGGUGGCUGCAAAGUCUUUAAAUAAUCAAGGCAGGGGCAAGUGCUAUGGUGAUUUAAAGGAAGAAAUUCUUCAAUAUUGAAGCGAAUUAAAAAUGCUUUGAAUCAGCAUGCUUUUAAAGAAUACACACACUUUUAGUAGUUUAUCAAAAACCACUAACCUCCCUUGUUCUUUUUUUAUCCCAACUUUAGCCAUAUGGGUGAGUCCAUGCUGGCUGUGAUCUGAAUAUCUGAUUAUGAUUUGAGGCGAUUUAAGCAGAUUUAGAGGCCUAUGGGAUUCUCCUUUUGGCUUAGUGCUUCCUGUGUGUGUGAGUGUGUGGGUGUGGGUGUGUGUGUGAGUCUAAGUGUGUAUUGAGCAGGGAAAGAGGGAGACCUUCCCCUGUGGUAUGGGAUUUACUCGUCUACCUCUGAGACAGUUCAGUGUGCAAACUGAAAAACACUAUUAAUUGUAAACAACCCAAGUCUGUUAUUGCUAUAUUUAAGUUAAUUCUGAUGAUCUUUAUCUGCUUUUGACUGAGCAUGCUGCUGUAGGGCAGAGUGGGGUAAAAUGAGUCAAAGGGUAAGUUGAGCCACCCCGGGUUGCUUGGAAAUGGUAAAAGAAAUUGAUCAUGUGACCAAAUAUUUAGGAGAUGGGCAUCAAUUCAUGGAGUCUGUGAAGGUUAGAGGCACAUGGGUGAAGGGGUUAGACAUUUAUUUCCAAAAAAACAUUUUUCACUCUUGAAAGUGAAUUUAGUCUGUCAUAAGUUUUAUUAGAAUUGUGUUCAGACAAAAAAAAAUCAUUUUAAAUUUGUUUUAUACAUCAAUUAUGGUAUCUAUAAGGUACAACAUGAGGUCAAAAACCUAGUCUAAAGUCCACCAUUUUAGUUUAGAGGACUAAUAAAGUCAUAAUAGUAGUUCUGGGGUAAAUUGAACCAGUGGUUAGACUGAGAAAGUAAAGAAGUCUGAUGAGAGGAUCAGAGUUUCAGUUCAGAUUGUUGAAAUGUUUUUAAGUUUUUCUUUUCAAAAAUACAGCUGUGAAUGUUCUGAAUCACUUAGGCAUUCUUGUGUUAAAAUGACUUUUUACCAAACAGCUUUUUAGCAGUAAUAUGCAAUAAUAAUAAAAAGAAUUAUUGUACCAGAUGAGUAGUGUGUAAUAGAUAAAAAUACGCAUGAAUGUGAAAAAGUGACUGUAACUUAGGGAGAGAGAAGGUGAGGGAGGGCUGGGGUGGAGAGUGGGGGGGGGGGGUAGUAGGGAUACGGUUCAACGUAUCCCGCUCCUAUGGUCAACUUACCCCAUGUAUGGGGUAAGUUGACCAUAGGAGCCCACUUUUUUUGGCAUGCUAUAUUAUCAAGACAGUUAUGUUUACACAUAGACUGUAUAUAGAAUGGACAGCGUCUGCCUCCUCGCUGGGUGAAGCCACUGUGAGAACAGCACCCUCUGGUGACAGGGUGCAGUAUAGGUCAUAAAUCCCGCCUCCGCCAGCAAAGCUUAUGAAGCUGUGGACAAACUUUGGAAAUUAAUUACACAGAGAAUAUUUUUCCCCCCUGCUUGCGAUGUUGACAUAUAGUUAUUGUAAAGUCUUCUUUUUUUCUGUACAGCUCUGUUUUAAAAGUUAUUAGGGGGGGUUCAGCCUAUGGGCGUAUGAAGAUUGCGUAGCUCACCCGGGGGAUACCCUGUGUGAGCCGAGCUUCAUCACAGCGACUCUUCUGCCGAAUGUGUACAAUGCUACUGGGCAACGUUGGUUUCAAGAAAUGGAGAGAAAACGCGGAAUUACAGAGGGCUUUUUGGCUUCAAAUCUGUAUACUGGCGGAAGGCGGAACCAAGUUGUCCACAGUAUAUACAGUCUAUGUGUUUACACCUAUCCUAUUGGUUUGCAGGGAUGAACAUCUUGAAUUACAUGCAGAUACACUAGUUGGAGACAAAACUAUGAUCACCUUGAUGUAGUGAUCCGCAAUAUAAAAAACGGCUCAUCUUACCCCACUCUCCCCUACAUAAUAAACCACAAUGAAUGGCUCCAUAGUGUAUAAUGCAUAUGACCAGGCUCAUGUCACUGUCUCACUUCGGUUGUUUGCAGCAGGCUGAUGUGCACUAAUUAGGCAGACAAGAAAACCACUUUGCAGUCAGCAUGAUCUUUAUAUCCACACACGCUUCCACUUGGCUGCAUUAGGCCAAUUCUCAUCUGUGUCAGUUACAAGGAAGGGAUGGGAAACAGGGAGGAGGAAGGAAGGGGAAAAAAAUGCUUACCAGACAACCUUCAUGUGCAGUUGUGCAUUAGUGGGGGGAGGAGGAGGAGGAGGAGGCGGAGAAGGGGAAGGGGAGAGGGCGGCUGGCGGUGCUGGGCAGAAGAGAGAGGAGUAAAUGCAUUGCGGAGGGAUAGGAGGAGGAGGAGGGCCUACAGCUAUUGUUCAUGUCCUCCCGUGAACAAAGGGCUCAUCUGGGUCCGUAUGUAAACCCACAGCAGGCUUCAGCCCACAUACAAGGCCUCAUGCGGGACAAAACAUAACCGAACGACUCCCGCUAUUUCGGCCUUAUUCUGUGACGGUCUCUUGGUUGGAGAGAUUUUUCUCAUUGAUCCUCUUCGGAGGGACGUAUUGUGCUGAUACGUCGCGUCCAGCGGGCCUAUCGGUUCUUACGCACGGAGCGUACCCACGGUCUAUCAUCACGGAUCUGUAAACAGCAAUUUUCUGAUUGGACUUCUUUGCAGGUAAAGGGAGUCUUUUCACAAACGCACUCUUAUAUCGCGGGUUUAAGCUGUUGUGGUGAUAAAUUGGGUUGAACCAGCUACCGUAGUUGUGGUUUUUCUCAUGUUAUUACAGUGAUUUUGACGCUGAAAAGGGAUUGAGCUGGUCGGCUAAAAGCUGCUAGCUGGUCACUAUCUAUUCUUUGACUACCGUUAGCUUGUCCUGCAGGCCUUCGUAGCAGUGUUGUUUAUUUGGUUGAAGAUGUCGAUGUUUUAAGUUGAGUAUAGUGUAUAAAUCUUAUUGCCCUGGUUUAAUUUAAUGUGUGUUUCGGGCCUUGUGAAGUAAAGUUAACGCGGGUCACUGAAACACCUGUGUUUAACGUUUUAGCAUGUAGCUAAAGGCUAACUGUUAGCACCCAGCGCUGGCAGCAGCCUUCUUUCUAAUUGCCUUUGUAACCGGACAACUCUGAGUCAAAUGUGCUCUUACUGUUCAAGUGAGUUACUUUGGUGUUUGACUGAGCACUCUAUACCGUGUAAUAACACAAACUAGACGUAUAUGUUGGUUUAUAUCAAAUAAUAGUGAAAGUAGGUUAGGGAUUCAGUAUUAGCUUUGGCCAAUGUUCCGUGUGGACAGGCAGGAUUCCCAAACCACCUUAAGAUCAUUUUCAUGCUUUAUUUCAUUUCAUUCAGUUCAUAUCUAAAACGUUAAAUACAAACAAGGAAGAAUCUCAGAUAUGUGAAUGUAAAGGAGCAGAAAGAAGAAAACUCUUACAGAGUUUGCCCCUCUUUUAUAAUAUAUUAAUAAACUAAAUACAUAUUAAAAUAAACAAGAGCUGCAGGCCAACAUGCCUCUUACUUUCCUUCUGAGAUCCUCUCCUUUAUUGUUGAUAUCUGACAUUUUUUGUGGAUUGUUGUGGGGCUGGUUGGCCAAUACUCAAGCUUACAGCAUGUAUAAUAAACAUACAGGAUAUGUAUAUAUUAUAUAUGUGUAGUGAGCUGUGUGUGUGCUCGUAAUAGAGCAAUGAACAGGAUUCCCAGUGGAGGAAGUGGAGUCCAGCUGAUGAGAUUGUGACUGCCUGUCAUUAACCGCUAACAGGAGAGGAGAGGAGCUAAUGGAGCUCUCAACAACUAAUGGACACAUAAGCAUUGAUUAUUUAUUUAUUUAUCAAUCCCAUUUGUUUUCCUCUGGUGGUGCAUCCAGCCCAUAGCAUAGCAGGGCUGACUCACUCAGUAAACAACUUUUUUUUUGUUGUUGUUUUUUUUACAAAAACUGGAGGCAGGGUGUCAACUAUGACCUAAACAUUAAACUUCAUUUGUUAGGGUUUGUAUUGAAUUUGAUCACAACAGUUAUUUAUUGUUACACACAAGGUAAGAACCGGAUACACUGCAUAGCUGUACAGAUAUAACCUCAUACCCUCAGGAAAAACAGCUGUUAGUAAUAGGGAAAUGUAAAUAUGAUAUGAACAUACAAGGAACAGCAAUGGGAUGUUUACUCGGUUAAUUUUGGGCUUGGUUUUCUGUCUGUCUCGUUAAAAAUCUGCUGAAAUCAGUGUACUUUUGUUGCACAACAAAUUCAGCACAUAAAAUUAUUAAAAAAUAGACAAUUUAUUUAAUUUCUGCUAACAAGGGAAGGUUGUUUGACUCAUCAUUAUCUUACCGCGUAGAUAAAAUACAUAUACAACACAACAGGUCCUGCUCAAGGGUACAAUAUACAUUCAUACAACCCUGUGCAAUAAAAACUGAUAUCUCCUGUCUCAAUCUUAUUAAAACAUACUGCUUGAAAUGUUUAAUAUGCAGAGACAAGACAGAGAGACAUUAACAAGGCGGGGCUUCACCAUGGUGACAACAGGGGUCAUGACCUCAAGGCACGCCACGCCUCGUUGGCCUUUAUUGGAGAGCUGGGCAAUUAGAGUAAAACAAGCGAUAGAGCUGUGUGACGGAGAUGUGUUGUUUCAAUACGUGGGCGUGAAUAGAGUCAGUAUUGCUCUCCUUGUGUUUGCUGUGUGUAGAUGUAGAAUUUCAGCAAGACUUUAGUAAGAAGGCUUUGUUGUUGUUGUCGUCGUCCUCAUCUCUAUGAAACCAGAUUGAGGAUGACCUCUGAAUGAGUGCAGCCAACUGAAACUGGGCCAUAUUGGACAGUUCAGCCUGCAUGUGGCUUCACCCUCACAUGAUACAGUCACUCAUUGUGUUGCUCUAAAAGCGACAAACUUUAGAAAUGCAACAGAUUUUCCGAAGGCACACCAUCCUCCCUCUUCGUUCAUUUUAGGUUCACAGCCUGAGUCGGAUUUUUACUGGUCACAGUUGUCAAAUAUUUAGAGGAAACAUUAGCUGAUAUCUCUAAUACCUUCUCAACCAUGACCUAAAAUGGCAUUAAUGUUCUUUCUGUUUUCUCUGCUCUUCUCCAGGCUGUUCCUCCAAGUCAUUCAAGCUGUACUCCCCUAAGGAGCCCCCCAACGGUAGCACUUUUCCCCCUUUCCACCCCGGCACCAUGCUGGACAGAGACGUGGGGUGAGUUUUAUGUCUGUUUUCUGUGUGUUUGCACUGGGUGAGGGGACGUCAGCUUUAGAUCAACAUCUGCUGUUGGCAUUUGUAUUCAUGUAUUUUUAUAGCCGACUUCAUCUGGCUUGAAUAUCAUGACUUUUCUUCCUCACAACAGAUGCGAGUUUGGAGCAAGGUUAUAAUAGUUAACUAAAACGAAAACUAAAAUUUAAAAUACAUUGCAGUUAUCUCAAACUAAUAAAAACGAGAAAAGAAAACAAAAACGAUAAGUAAACUGUAUCUCGUGUUCAAAAAACUAACUGAAACUAACUAAAAUUAUAGACAAAAUGUCCUUCGUUAUCGUUUUUGACUAUAUUUAUUAGCCUUUAGGAUUGAAAUUAAUCCGACACAUUUUCCCAACCAAUUUUACAACAGUUUUCGGCAGUUGUCAACGCCGUACGGCACCAUCAUAGCAACAUACUGGGUCGUGCUUGUUUACUGCACUGACUGGCUGUGCGCUGUACUGCGACGGAGCUUGUGUUGUUGGAACAAUUUGGAAGAAAUGGCUAAAGUUGGGAGGAGGCAGCAGUGUCCCGCCUCCCGCCUGUAUGUUUAUAUUUUUUAUAUGAAGUUUAUAUUAUUUUCUUGUGUUUAAGGCAGCAGCCAACAGUAAAGUAUCAGCAUUGACUGAGCAGUGAGCACUAUGUUGAACUUGAAAAUAAACCGUACAAAAUACUUACUCUGGCCUUUUUGAAUCCUGCACCUGACAAUAAGGUAUGAAAAAACUAAAACUAAACUAAAACUAAGCCUUUUUGCAAAAAUCAGAACUAAAUAAAAAAAAUUAGAAUGCCUGCUCUAAAACUAAUUAAAACUGAACUGUUAUGGGGAAAAAAGGUCAAAACUAAUUAAUACUAAACUAUAAUGACAAAUCCAAAAUUAUUAUAACCUUGGUUUGGAGCACAUUAACAGGUUGUUUGUUAAUCCAUGAAGUAUUUAAAAGUAGUUCCACUGAUGGUGACAACAAGUUGGGCUGCAUUACAAAUGUGUAUGAGGGAUUGGUUGGAUUUAUUCUUCUCUCUAAAGUUGCCAAAAGGUAAAAGGAGGGGACCUUUAUCUACAGGUGCUUGGAGGUGGCGCACAAACUUCUACAAUAGAAGGCAAUGUCCAAAAAACCAAUACUAAAUACAAACAUUUAUGUGAAUUAGUCAAACGUGAAGGAAGGACUGCCUUUUAAACUGAUUCAGUGAAGGUUUACUGAGUGUUUUAAACAGACUGUUUCCAGAGUUUUAUAUUCAGACUUUCUGAAUAAGGGAAACAGGUGGGCAGUGGGUCUUAUGAGGGCAAGAUGGAAAAACGACACCGUGGUCACAGUGCAAUACUAAAAACAUAUUUCAGCCAAAACAACAGAGUCCUUCACUAUAACAAGGCUGCACUAUCUGACAUAUGCAGACGAAAGACUAUGAAGCAGUUUUGUUAAGAGCAUAUAAAAUCGCUCUGCUCUCAUGUUUAAUCAAUCAUCACCCUUGAUCACUUACUGACUGUGAGAUUUCCUGAAUCACAUCUUCUGCAUUCACACAUCAGUUCACCAUGACUUCUCAUGGGAACUAUAUUUGGGGGCAAAAAUCUGGGUUAAAAAAAACUGUUUCCAGGGGUGUGGAGCACAUGUGAAUAGAGUUUAGAGUUUUGGUGAUAUGGUCAAUAAAGCAUUGUAUUUAUCAGUUAUUGACAGGGUGGCCCAUUUGCCUCAUAUUGAUCAGUCUUCCUCCGUGUAAACUACUAAAACAGAGUUAUCAAAGUGAAAGUUGCUAAUUUGUGUCCAUUGUUUUAUACUAAAACUGCUUUUCACUUGUAUGGCUCAAUUAGAUUGGAGGGUCUAACCCUGCAGGGUUAUGUUAAGGGCUUUGCAGCCUCUGUUGUUUUCAGUAACCAGAACAGCUACAGUUGGUGUCUGUGAGUGAACCUGAGAAGUGUUGUUAUUUACUGUCUCCUUGUAUCAUCCAAUUUGUGCCAUGUUUGGCCUGCAUCCCAGAGUCUGAAAGACAGAGGUGUUCUUGGACGAGGGCAUAUUAUCACCAUGGCUUAAUGUAAUAAUCAUUGUCUCUUGUUUCUACAGUCCCACCCCAAUGUAUCCUCCCACAUAUCUGGAGCCAGGAAUAGGGUAAGACAACAGUAUUAUCCAUUUAUCUCCAACUAUUUGAACAAUGAAAAAUAGUGACUAAAGUGAAAGUGACUAAAGUAAAGGGUGGAUAAAGUUGUUCUCUUGAUAGAGAUUUUAUAGUAUGGCUUUAUUAGUUUUUUUAAAACAGCACUAGAAGUCUGGGUUAUUGCAUCUUCAUCUUUAUGAAACCAAAAACGAUUCUCUCACACUGCCCGCUUUUUUCCUGUCCCUCUUCAACCCUUCCAUGAUCGAUCAGGAGGCACACACCAUAUGGCAACCAGACAGACUACAGAAUAUUUGAACUCAACAAACGACUACAGAACUGGACAGAGGUUGGUGGACACUUCUGAGUCAGACACACUGAGAAUGAGGAAAUAUACUGAUUUGUUUUUUUGUUUGUUUCUUUUGACUAACUGAUGAUUGUUUUCCCCUCUGUACCCUGUAGGAGUGUGAUAACCUGUGGUGGGAUGCAUUUACUACAGAGUUCUUUGAAGACGACGCCAUGUUGACAAUUACUUUCUGUCUGGAGGAUGGACCCAAACGCUACAGUAAGAACCAAAACAACAGGGCUAUCUUUUUCCAGACUCUUUUAAUCAUCAGGCAUACAGCCCUAAAUGCAACACAGAACCCAACUUCUAGAGUUCUUCCUGUCUCAUGCCCUUUUUGUUUUCUGUCUUUUAAAGCAAUUGGCCGGACGUUGAUUCCAAGGUACUUCAGAAGUAUAUUCGAGGGCGGUGCCACUGAGCUGUAUUAUGUGCUGAAACAUCCCAAGGAGUCUUUCCACAAUAACUUCGUCUCCCUCGACUGUGAUCAGUGCACCAUGGUCACCCAGAACGGAAAGCCCAUGUUCACACAGGUGUGUCCGUCUCUCUUCACAGAGUCCUCAAACAGUAUAUAGAGAUUGUAACUUGAUUUCAGUCAUUUCGUUGUUUGAGUUAGCAGGAAGUAAAGAGGGUUUUUAGAGCUCUACUUUAUCCAAAUCCACACCUUAUUUCUUUCCUGAGAUUCUGUGUUUUACGAUGUGACCACAUUUUGUCACCUUGGGUAUCUGAUUACAUGGUGGAUGAUAAAAAUUUCAUCAAUUCAACAGAAACCAAAUAAACAAUAUUGAUAAAUUUUGACAAAAUAUUUAUAAAAAUGACCCCGCAGAUAUAAUUUAUUUUGGCUAAUAUUUAUUCACUGACAGUAUGAGGUUAGAAAUUAGAGCAGAUAUGCUUUGUUCUCCAACUUAGGCGUGAAUACUCACAAGCAACUUUCUAACUUAUUUUCAUAUUUCGAUUCUGUUUCUGAAUCUUUUAUGACACAUGCAGAGAUGUAACUAUUGAAGGAGUGGGACUAUCUCUGAAGUCAAUUUUGGUUUAAAAACUGGAGUCUGAGUCUAAAAUAUGUAUGUCUGAUGUCUGUUUAUUGUAAUUGAAAGGAAUCAACCAUAAUGAGACAUUUAAACAGGAUUGGAUGAGCUGUGUUAUCUUUUAUUUUUAUACAUUUUUAAUUCCAUGUGCAAAAAUAGUACAAAAGAUAUCUAUUUCCACCUUUUUGUUAACUCUGUGACAUCAUGUGGUUUCUCCACUGCGGUUAAAUAUCUAGUCUGGGUAAUAUUUCCUGGUUGAUCUGAUUACAGGUGGGCAGCUGUAAGCACAGCUGUCAGCACACCUGUGCAGAUCAUGUUGCAAAUGUUGCUGCAGUGAUCAAACAGAUCUAGGGUCUGUUUCUCUUGUUUCAUUACUGCACAGCUGACAACCCACUCACAAGUCGCAUUAACCGUCAUGUGGUGACAUUUUAUAAUUAUACGUAUUCGUUUAUGUUCACUUUAGUGUAGAAUAUCAAAGUGCCAUGAGAGGACAAGUAGGUAUUCAGCUGAUCUGCCUGUUUGUCAUCCUCUGCCAAGGCCUCUUUCUCACCUCCGUCUCUUUGUUUGAGAUACAAUUAAACAGCAGCACAAUUAUUCCUAAUCAAACAGAUUAAAAAAAACUUUCUUGCAUGUAGGUUAAUAAAGAAAAGCAGCGGGUACUGACUCCUUAAAGCUGACUCUGUGCCGUCAGCUUUAGGCUUAAGCGCUGCAUACUUGUGCCCUGGAAUGUCCUCUUUGCCACAUUCUCCACUUGUUUGUGCACAGGGAACAGUAUCGACUGAAUCUUAGAGUUUUAUGUCAGAGUUUUAGCUGCUAGAUGUUGAAUAACAGCUGAUCGUACUCCAGCUAUAACAAAGGCAGACAGAGAGGAGACAACAGAAGAGAUGGAAUGCACAGCUGUUAAAUCGGUGUAGGAAGAAGAUGAGAAGCAGCGAUACCAGAAAUGUCGUAAAUACAGAAAAAUGUGAUACUGCCUAGAUCACCAAUCACAAGGCAUGCAGUCUAUGUUGUUAUAAAGCAUUGUAACAUUUUUGAGGAGGUGCACGGCAAACUGCACUUGUAGGGUUUUGCAUGGGAAAAGGGCUUUCUUUGGUAAUGGCAAGACUUGACUUAGUCAUAAACCAGCUUAAAUUCAGAACCUCUGUCUUCCUUUCCUUCCUUCCUUCCUUCCUUCCAACAAAAAACAACAAAGCCAAAUAAAACAUCUUUACAUGUCCAGCAAAUAAAAUUACACAUCAGUACAUACAUAUUUGUUAACACAAUGACCAGUUUGAGAAUGACACUCAGAGCUUUUUAAGUCCCGCCCCUUCCUUACAAAUCAGAUACAGUAAAGAAUUAAAAUCAUCCUCCUGUCAGGUGGUUGCAGGAUACACUCAAAAGUCUUUCUUUAAUUACUUGAAAGUAGGACUAGGUGAUAAAACGAUAACGAUAUAUAUCGAAAAUGAGUUUCGCUCAAUAUUAAUAAAAAACAGGCCUAACCCUUCAGCAUGUAAUUGUCACUUAAUAACCACUGUACUGAUCUUCUGUCUCUUCACCGCUGCAAUCAUGUGCCAAACAAAGAAAAUGCAUGAAAACAUCGAUGGUGGUGUGGAGGUAUUUUUUGUUUUUUUGAGGUCGCACAUGAAGCAGAGUAAUGUGUACUGCGAAUUAUGUCAAGUACAUGUUCUUGCAAAGUCGGGGAAUACCACAAAUCUUCUUCACGGCCUGAGGCAAUGCCAUGCACGUGAGUACAGACAGAGAGAAGAUUGUACAUAUUGUUCACAGGUGUGUCUACUAUGUGUGAGAUUCAUCUUUACGACCUGUCUCUUUUUAAUGUCUCAGACCCAGGACCCACAGAUGCUACCAAUAAGCACUGUUAAAUUCAUUUAAUAUCGUGAUAUAUAUCGAUAAACUUUUUCCUAACUCCACUCUCAACUACCUCCGAGUGAGUAAAACACACUUAUGAUAUUCAACCCUACAGAAUGAUGCUGGAUUUGGAUGUUUUUGGACUUGAGUGA